AUGCCAAAAAAUAUAACCUUAAAUAUGUGCCAGAAUUUUCGUAUUAAACUCGAUUUCAAAUACUAUAAUGAUGUGCGCCGUUUUUGUUGGAUUUUUAUCGAUUGCUCAAAGAUGUUACAAAUUGAUGAUAUAAAAGAACAUAUUAAAAAACUGUUCGGUAUCAAUGAUCCGUUUGACUUGUUCUUAAAUGAAAAUGAAUAUCUACCACCUAAAGAAAACAUACAAGUUCUAAAAGAGAAUGAAAUUAUUUUGUAAGAAUUCAUCUCAACAUGAACAGUCGUCAAUUAAUUUUCCUGCAGUAUUAUCAAGCCAACAGGAUUUAUCAACUGACACAACAAAUAACUUUCAGAAUGGUGAAGAAAUGUAUGAUAUUACAAAUACAGAAAUUCUCAACACAUUUCCAAAAAGAAAACGUGUAAGGCAUCGAAAGAAAAAGACAAAAGUUGAUACGCAAUUAAUGGAAGAAGACAAACCUGCAAAACCCAAGAUUAUAAAUUCUACUGUAUCCAAUAUUUCUUCUUGCAAACAUAUUCGUUUUGAUAAUGUAGAUAACAAAAUUAUUGUAAAUGACCAAUUUAUAUGUUCAGCACCGUCAAAUCGGAUUGAUGCUAAUCACAAACUUCAAAAUUUAUUAUCAUUGGGUAAAAAUGCCAUUCCACUUAUUUUUGAACACAAUAGGAUAAAGGAUAUGACAUGUAAAAAAGAGAAAGAGGAAAAAUAUAACCCUGAGGACACUGUAGCCAACAUAGUCUCCAAAAAUAUUAAUGGAAAUACAAUUUCAACUGAGAGAUUGGAAGAAAUAAACAAGUUCUUGGAUAUCGAUUUUGAAACGUAUGAAGUUAUGAUAGUGAAACCAAAAAUUAAAGAUAUUAUAGCGUUCAAGAUGCUCAAAAUUGGAACAGAUUAUACACCACAAAUGUCAGAUUUUAUUGUAGCAGAAGUUAUAUUUUACUAUUCAGAAAAAUCAUUAUAUAAACUCAAAAUAUUGCAAGGUUUGUCAGAAGUACAGGUGCCAGUUGGAAAAUUUACUAUUAUGGAAGAGACAGAAGAACGUGUGUUGAAUGAUAUAAUUACAUUACAUCAUGCACAAAUAGUAAAACCUAGACUUGUAUCUAAUUCAGAUAAAGACAUUAGUCCCUUUAAUUAAAUAUUGCUUAUAUAAUUAAUAAUUUUACGUAUAUUUUUAUAUAUUUUAAAUAUAACGUCUGUCAAAAAAAUUAAAUAUAUCGAUGGCAAUGAGUAAUAAUGAUAUUGAUAUAAAUAACAGCAUUUAUAAGAAUUACCUUUUCCUUGAUGUUUAGAACAGGAUUGAUGUGAGCAUUAAUCGUAGAGAUUAUGCAGUAGUUAUCAUUAUCGCGGAUCAAUUUCGUUAAUUUUAAUUAAUCGAAAUAAUUAACAUCAAAUAACGAAGAAAUUAGUAAAUGUAACGUAAUAAUAUCGACGUUACAAUUUCAUUGCAUAUGUUCAUAUGUGUGAACAUCUAUUUUGGAGUAAAGUUUCAGUACUAUUUCACAAAAUUUGUUAUUAAAUAUUCUAACACCGAUUUCGAAAAAUAAAAUGUUUCAAUAUUCUCUCUUUUUUAUCCGUUUAUUGACAUAUUUAGU